AUGCUCCUCGUUCGAUCGGCGUUACUACUCUUAAUAAGCCCAAUUCUAUGGGCGAGAGCAGCCGAUGCGGCGGCGGCAUCUCUUGAAGUAUCAGAAGGCGUCAAACAAAAAAUAUUCCAUUCCGCCGGACACAUUGACGACUUCAUUGUCUCCAGGGACCAACAGACGAUCUACGUUGCAUCUGUAAACCGAAUAACAUCGUUACACCUCUCAAACUUUUCGAUUCAAAAUGAAGUCUCGUUGGGUCCGGUUCAGGAUUCUCCGUGGUGUUCGGCGGAUGGAAAGUCUUGUUUGAAAGACAAUCGUCCAUUCUCCACCGACGUCCACACCAAGAUCCUCGAAAUCCUUCCAUCUGACCAACUCCUGCAAUGUGGCUCCGUCAAACUAGGGUCCUGUUCCACCUACAAUUCAAAACUCUCACUUCUAACCGAAUCAAGUAUCCCCGUGGCAGCCAACUCUCCCGAUGCCUCUACAGUAUCCCAAAUAAUUGAUAACCGGUUGAUUGUCGCAGCGAGUCCCACAAAAGAAUCCCCCUAUCGAGAUCCAUUUCCGGCAGUUGCCAUUCGAAAUCUACCUGGACUGAAUGUAGAAAAUGCAGGAGAUCUGGAAGGAGAGGCUGCCGUGUUUCUGAGAGCUGCUUAUCGGAGUUCUUUUCGAUUUCUCCACACUUUUUCACAUCAACAUUUCAUUUUUGUGGUGGCUACAGUGACGCCAAGAGAGACAAGGUUGCCGGUUACAACGAGAUUGAUAAGGUUUUGCAGGAAUGAUACGAAAUUCGUCUCUUACUCUGAAAUCGAACUGCAAUGUCGUGGAGAAGACAACACCAACUACCCGAUCAUCAACGCCGUCGUCCAAACAGGCGAUAAACUGAUCGCCUCAUUUGCCACGUCACCCACCUCCAGAAAAAGUUCGAUUUGUGUUUUUUCGAUGCAAAAAGUGAAAUUAACGUUUUGGUAUAAUGUGGACAGGUGUCGAAGUGGAACUGAUUCGAUCAAGUUGCCACAUAUCGGAAGGGAUACCAAGUGUGUUAAUAAAGCCCACAUCCCACUUGACGAAGAUAGCUGUGAACUGGGAGUUGGUGGAUCGAUUGAACUUGUGGAAAUGGCUACGAAAGAGAUUCACGCAAGGGUUACAAGUUUGAUGGCAGUAGAUCAGAAAGCCAUCUUUGCAGGGACCUCAUCGUCGCAGAUUGUCAUGCUAAAAUGGGACGAACAAAACACUAACAAGCUUGAGGAAUAUGGAAGGAAAGAAGUUGGUGAUGGAAGAACUGGAAGUGAAAUUUCAAAGAUGGUCAGAUUUGGAGAUUUUGUGUUGGUGCAGAUGCCGUAUGGGAUAAUCAUGGAAGAGCUCUCCACCUGUUCCCAUCAUGACUCCUGCACCGAAUGCCUGGUUUCAGUGGACCCACUCUGUCAGUGGUGUCAUCCAACACAGUCUUGUACUACGUCGACAAGGUGUACUGGACCGGUGACCACGCAAUGCCCGAUUGUCGAUGGUGACCCAAUUCCUUCUAUGGUGUCUGUCAACUCCUCUACCUCCAUCGCCUUCAAUAUCCACCAUCUUCCUCCUCCUGUCGGUUUCACUUACAAAUGUCAAUUCGGCAUGAAAUCCCACUCAAAAUCUACCAAAGCCAACUGGACGUCAUCUGGAAUUUCUUGUCCGUCGGAGGUCUUUGAAUCGCCAAAAACAUUUGAAAUUUCAUUGAUGACUUCCAUUUCGAAGAAUCCUAUCAGUCGUCACAACUUCACUGUUUACGACUGCUCGGGUUACGGUACAUGUUCCACGUGUAUGUCAUCUGAGUUCGGAUGUGCAUGGUGCUCGGGAACACACAAAUGCUCCAACUCUUGCGGUUCCACUCCUGCAAAAGCAUGCGUCAAGAUUCAACCAAUGAAAGUUCCGAUUGCAAUAGGAUCCCAACAGGAAAUAGUUCUAGAGGCGUUGAACUUGGACACAUUGGACAAGAAAACGGAACAUUUUUGUAAAGUGAACGGACAAGUGGCUCCUGCGAAGAUAGCCAGUGACAGUAUCAGAUGUGGAAAGUUGAAAUUGGCUUCGGAGAAUCAGACAAGUGCAAAUAUGGUUGUACCGUUGAGUUUGAUGGCAAAAGAUGUUGUGGUGGAUAUCGCGAUUGUAUCUCUCUACUCCUGCUCGAACCUGGCGGCCGACUGCUCCAGCUGUCUCGCCUUAUCCCCAUCCCUCUCCUGCGGUUGGUGCAAUCGGAAAUGCUCCCACGAAUGUCAUGAAGCCAAGGCCACUGCUGUUUGCGACCCGCCGAGGAUUGAUAGAUUCGAGCCAUCCAGCGGACCGAUCGAAGGAGGAACUAUCAUCAAAAUCUAUGGAAACGACCUGGGAAUGUCAGUGGAAGAUGUUCGUGGGAAAGUCUACGUGGCUGGAUCAAGAUGCAACAUUGUGGAAUAUCAUGUCUCGAAUAUGAUAGCUUGUCAAGUUGACAAAGGAGUUAGUUCUGGACCGAUUCGGAUUUCAGUGGGACGAGCUACAAUGGCAGUGGCGGAGAGUACUGAUUUGUUUUCGUUCGUCAGAAUCUCCAUUUUCUCUGCCUACCCGUUAUACGGUCCGAUAUCAGGAGGUACCCGGAUCACACUAUACGGUCAGAAUCUGUCAAGUGGAUCUCGGAUAAGUGUGACAGUCGGAGGGAACCCUUGUCCGAUAGACAAGGUGAACUCAUCCGCAGUGCUGACUUGCCUCACUCCACCUGGAUCGAAUGUUGGAAAAUCUGCAAAAGUUGUUGUACAUGUCGACCACUCUCAAAUCCAACUCGACCAACCAUUUGAGUAUCGAUCGGAUCCAUCUGUCAAUGGGAUCUUUCCACUUUCCUCGUUCAAAGCUGGUGGACGAAUCAUCUCAGUCCAUGGAUCAUCAUUAAAUACAGUCCAAUCUGCUAGAAUGUUCCUCAUCUCCUCACCAACACCUCCAUUUGAUGUGAUCUCUGAUCUGGCACCGUGCCAUAUCAUCAACUCCACUCUGAUGACUUGCAUGACACCGAAAAUUUUGGAGACUAUCACAAGACGAGUGGAGUAUACAAGGCAGCCAGUGGGGUUCUUGAUGGAUAACGUGACAGCAGUAGCGAAUCUUGGACGACGGAUUCAGAUGGGUGUCUACCCAAAUCCAAGUUUGUCGGCGUUCAAGGGAAUCCGGUAUCACCAAGGAGAACAGUCACUGAUACUCGAGGGCCACAACUUGAACUUAGCCGCGGAGCCCAAUGACUUCAAGAUUUUCAUUGGGAAUGAGAGAUGUUAUGUGACUCUUGUAGACGUGAGACAACUGGUGUGCUCCGGACCGAUCAAACAACCAAAGGCUACUGAUGAGAGAGGAGUUCCAAUCAAUGGAGACAACCCACUGGUCACUGUGAUAGUUGGAUCGCUGAGAAUGGAGUUGGGUUUAAUUGAAUACUCGGAUCAUGCUCUACCAUCCAGACUGUCUUUGUUAAUUCUCGGACUCUGUUUAUUCAUUGUCAUCACUCUUAUCAUAAUGUGUCUAAUUUUCAAACGAAGACGACAAGAACGUGAAAAAGAAUACCGGAAGAUUCAGUUACAAAUGGAGAAUUUGGAGAACAAUGUGAGGAAGGAAUGUAAGCAAGCGUUUGCGGAACUUCAAACAAAUCUAGUGCUAUCUCCUAAAUCUACGGGUACAAUAACUUCCCCGGAGCUCAUUAACUUCCCCCAUUUUGUGGAGAACUUGUUGUGGGCGGAUAACAAUUUGAAUUCGGCGCCAAGUCUUGCCAAAACUCUCCCGGUUACUCUUGCUCAAUUCCAUGCACUUCUCAGUUUCAAAGGAUUCAUAUUCACAAUAGUGGACGCUGCGGAGUCAGAUGUUUCUAUUUCGACGUCGGAGAAAUCUACAUUGGCAUCACUCCUCAUUUCAGUUCUACUCAGAAAUUUCUCAUAUUGCACUGAAAUUGUGGUGGACCUCCUUAGAGCUCAUAUCGCUAAAUCAGUGCAAGCGAAACGUGCUGAGUUACUGUUCCGUAAUAGUGAUUCGGUAGUGGAGAAAAUGUUUUCAAAAUGGAUGAGUAUUUGCUUGUAUGGACAUUUGACACCCCAGCUGAAUUCAUAUUUCUAUUUGUACAAAGCAUUGCAAUAUCAAACGGAUAAAGGACCGGUGGACGCGGUGACUGGAGACGCGAGAUAUACGAUAAAUGAAGCGAAGUUGUUGAGGGAAAGUGUCGAGACGAAGACUUUGAAAAUCAACAUUAUUCCAUUCGAAAAAUGCGACGAGUCUAUCCAACUGGAAGUUCAUGCCUGUGACGCUAUUUGCCAACUGAAACAAAAAGUUGCAUCAGCAGUCUACAAGGAAACUCCAUACUCGCAACGACCGAGGAUAACCCAAUUUGAAUUGAAAUUCAAAUGCCCCCGCCGUGGAGAUGUGAAGCUCACCGAUGUGUCCGCCGUGGAAACGUUGUCACAGAAAAAGUUACCGGUGAAGUUGUUAACUCUGGCGGAUUACGGUAUACAGGAUGGGUCGACGUUGGAGAUGUCGCCAGCGACGUAUACAGCGGAGAGUUAUAGAAAUUCUCUCGCCGACUCCGGUCAAUCCUCCUGGUCAUCUUUGGACCGGUGCUCUCCAAUCUACUCAUCAUCCAAGUACUACCAUCUCACCAACCCCACAUCUGGAACUAUGACAUUCAAGAAGAAGACAUCACCAUCUGAAAUUCCCAAAUCCAUUCCAGAAGUCUAUCUGACGCGCCUACUAACCAGCAAGGGAACUGUAGAGACCUACGUGGAAGACUUCCUUGAAUCGGUUCUCUACAUGCAUGACUCCACUUAUCCUCCGAUUCUCAAAUUCUUCUUCGAUAUACUGGAUAGAGAGGCGUCGAUAAACGGAGUGUCAGAGAAUAUCUGUCAACAGUGGAAAGCAAAUGGAUAUGUACUGAGAGUUUGGGCGAACUUUGUGAGAAAUCCGCAGCUAGUGUUUGAUGUUCCCCAUUCGGUGUCGAUGGACGCGAAUCUGAGUACGGUGGCGCAGACUAUGAUGGAUUGCUUCUCAUUCUCUGAACCAGUUCUGGGAGCUCACUCCCCCUCGUCUCGUCUUCUAUUUGCAAAGGAUGUUGCCAGGCUCCGCCCACUUUCAGUCGACUUGUUCAAACGUGUCAAAAAUAGUCCGCCUUUGAGAAUGGAUGAGUUGCAGACGGAAUUGGUUAAUAUGGCUAAUGACGUCUCCACCUGCAAAGGGUCUUCCCUCGCCCUAUCCGAACUCCUUUCGUGGGUCCGAGGCAAUGGAAUUCGAAUAUCCCAACUAUUAUCCUCAAACGAGGAGACAAGUCAACAACGUCUUCCACAAAAACUCUCACAAGUACUUCAUGUUUGUUUGGAGACUGAUAAUCAUAUCUAUUCUACUAUUUCUGAUUACGAAUGA